AUGAUUCUAUACACAUUAGCUCCAGUUACUAUCGCCUUGUCUGCUGUUUUUACAAUCCUAGCUGCCAUUUCCUUGGUGCUUCACAUCAGAAGACAAAAAUUCCGACUAGCCUCCGAUCUUCAAGUUCUUCCUGGACCACGAGGACUACCAGUUCUCGGCUCUUCACACAUUAUUGGCCGCUACGAUAACCCCUGGGAUGGGUUCUCUGCUCUACGGAAAAAGUAUGGCGAUGUAUAUGGUGUGACUCUGGGUUCUCGGCGCUGCGUGGUGGUCAGCUCUCUGGCCGCUAUGAGAGAGGUCCUUGUCAGUAAAAGCAAGGACUUCGCCAACAGACCCAAUUUUCUACGUUUCCAUGCUAUUUUUCGUGGAGACAGAAACUUUUCAGUUGCUUUGUGUGAUUGGUCACCGAAACAAAAAACACGACGUGAGCUCGCCUUUCCUUAUAUGCACCCUCGAUCAGCCUCUCAUGGUGUCGAGCGAAUGAAUUCCUUCAUCACCAAAGAAUUACAAGACUUGAUUUCAAGUUUACUUACUGUUCAAAAUCAAGUGAUCGAGCCCAGGCCAUUCAUUCUUGUCUGUACCGCUAAUAUUUUCUAUCAGUAUUUAUGUAACAAGAGAUUCGAACCAAAAGAUCCGACUUUUCAAAAAGUUGUUGAGAUCUACGAUGUCGUUUUCAGAGAGCUCUUUCAAGGUUUUGCCAUUGAUUUUAUGCCCUGGCUGAAAGUAUUUAAUAAAAAGAGACUACAAGAGCUGCGAGACAAAGCAGACGAAGUUACAAAGUUGACGGAAACCAUAUUUAAUGAGCAUGAAGAAACAUUAGACGAAAAUAACCCCCGGGAUCUGGUUGACAUCUUUUUAAAACAUAUUAAAGAAGAUCGCAAAGCUGGAGGUAAACUAGCUCGUGAGGAUGCAGAAGUUACAGUAGAUGAUCUUUGUGGAGGGCACUCGGUUUUGGGAAAUCUAUGGUUGUGGGGACUCUACUUAGUAGCUGGACACCCUGAAGUGAAGGAAAGGAUUCAGGCCGAGGUGUUUCAAGCUACGCAUAAUCACAGACAUCCAUGCCUUCAGGACAAACUAUCUUUGUCAUACACUGAGGCAACAGCCCUGGAAGUCUUGCGGGUCGUCUCUUCACCAAUAAUCCCUCAUGUAGCCACCAAGGACACAAGCGUUCAAGGGUUUUAUGUUCCCGAAAAUACUAUGGUUAUGUUCAAUACAUUCGACCUAAACAUGGAUUCGGAUUACUGGAAAGAACCUCGAAGAUUCAGCCCGGAACGAUUUCUUACGAAGGAGGGCCGAGUCUUAAAGCCCAGCUACUUUUUCCCGUUUGGAACAGGAAAGAGGACGUGCUUGGGCGAUGGACUAGUAAAAUCCACCCUGUUGCUAGGUCUAGGAACUAUCAUUCAGAUGUUUGACGUUUAUCUGCCAGAGGGAGCUGAUGCGCCAGAUCUAAAUGCAAUACCGGGUCUUGUCGUGCCUAGAAAUGAGAUCAAGUUAAUUUUCAGGCAUCGUCAAAGUCCAGUAACUAUAAACGCAAAAGAAACAUCUGUUUGCUUGACACUAUAA